CAAUUUCUGCUCUCCCUCUGUGUAGCUUUCUUUGCCUCCAUGUCCUCCCUACAAACCGAGGAAUUCUUUGACCUCAUUGCCUGCUCCCAAAGCCGCCGGCUCAAUGACCAGCGAGCGGAUUUUGAGGAGUCUCCGACAGUGGCACUCAGCGCACCGUUCCCUACGGGUCCUGUCGAAUACCUGGCUCCCUUAGGAAGCAUGGUGUCUCAGACCCAGAGCGCAGCGUCUCCGCCAGCAGCUCCAGCAGAGAGAGAGGAGACUCCAGCGGAGGGCAGAGAGAGUCCUGCAGAGGCAGAGGAGCAGCCAGCAGAGCACGAGCAGUUUCCAGUGGGGAGAGAACGGCUUCCCACAGAGGGAGAGGAGGCUCCAGCAGAGCGGCAGGAGAUCCCAGCAGAGCGAGAGGAGGCUCCAGCAGAGCGGCAGGAGAUCCCAGCAGAGCGAGAGGAGGCUCCAGCAGAGCGAGAGGAGAUCCCAGCAGAGGGAGAGGAGGCUCCAGUAUAUAAAGCAAUGUAUCAAGAGCAGAUGUCGACGGGAACGAAGGGGCCAGACGACGAACUGUACAACAUCAUCUUAACCCAUCAGGUACAGGGAGCAACAAAGACCAACUCGACCGAAG